AUGACCGAACUUCUUCUGGCUCCACAGCAGGGUUCGAUAACGCACUUUUUUGUGACCACACUCCCUUUAUUAGGGCUUCUCGUUUACUUUCUAUAUGAGGCCUGGGACCGGCCAAACGCCUUAAUUUACCAGCUUGGCGAUGACUAUACAGACGACCAAAUGAAUGAGGCCAACGCAGAAAUCGGGUCCAUGAUCCGCCUUUUUGAUAUAUUGGUUGUGUUCCUGGUCUUUCACUUUCUGUGGACUCUAUUCGCAAUCUAUGUGCAUGUUUUCAUUCCAAAGAGACGUCACUUGGUCGGAAAGUAUCUUUCCGAUGGUGAAGAAGUUAUCGGUGAUGUUCUGUAUGACAAGAAUUCGCGCACGUGCACCACAUUCCAGGACUAUGGUUAUGCUGUUUAUCCUCAUCCAACGAAGCAGACUUUGAUUCGAAAAAGAGUGAGAGUAUAUCAACCAUACACUCGCGAAAAGAUCACAAUUCUUCGGCUUCCAAACAAACCAUUGUCAGGACAAGCCAAGAUUGAUAUUGAGAUUGAUCUUAGUGCAGCAUCCAAAGAUCGUGAUAAUCGAAACAAACAGCUUGCAGCUUUUGCAGUAUUGUGGUUCUUCUUUACGCUCAUGGGCGCUGGGUAUGUGGUUCACCAAAUGGGCAAGUUGGAUGGCAGUGUGGAGGACUAUAGCAUGUCCAUGAAGCUCUUUUUGGUUUUUGUUGGCUUGAACAUUCCUGUUGCCUACUUUUCCAAUCUUUCCCGAUUCCUAAUAGCUAGAAAUUGGAUGACUAACCGUGGUGCCAUGAUCGAUGGAUCUGACGAUGCACGGGAGCUUGCACCGGGAUGCUUGAUGGCAGUAGAGUCUUUUGAUGGGUCAAACGUUGUUCCAUACAGUAUGAUGAAUGAAGAAGAGAUGUCUUACCAAGGAUCAAUAACAAGCCACGAAUUGGACCCCAAAAUGAUGGAGGGUGCACCAAUGAAGAAAGUAUGGGUUACAUUAUAG